GCCACCAUGAGAGCUCUCAUCCUCCUUUUCUUUGUGCUGACAGAUGCCAGACUUGUGGAAAUUGAGAAACGGUUGAUUGGAGGGUAUGACUGUCAAAGGCCCUACCACGUGGAUAUUUUUUUUUUUUUUGACGCAACUGGAGUUACUGGGUUUAACUGUGGUGGCUCGUUCAUUAGCGAUCAGUGGAUUCUCACCGCUCGUCACUGCAAAGAACAAAACUCACCGAGAGUAACACUAAGAUGGGUUGUUGGCCCAAAAAUGGAGAAAAUCGAGCACACUUUUGAUGUAACUCCAGGCCUUUUAUAUGAAAACCAAAAUCAUGACAUCAUGCUAAUCAAGCUACCAAACUCUGCUGGCAAUAUUCAAAUCCUUGGCCUUCCCGAUGAACACUGUGUGACGCCAGUGAAUGGAAGAGUGAUGGAGGUUGCUGGCAGAGGUGCCGUAAAUGUUUUACAAGCUGGAACAGAAGGACACAGGUAUAAAAAACAUCUGCAGUGUCUUGAAUUAGAAGUCUCAGACUGCCCUUCAGUUUACGAUCAGUUUAAACCACAACGUUUUUUCUGUGCUGGAGGCAAAGAUAAGGACGGCUGCACGGGUGACUCCGGUGGAGGGCUGGUCUAUAACUACAUGAUAUAUGGUGUGCUCAGCACUGUUGGUCACUAUAAAUGUGAAGACCCCGUUCUUUUUAUGGAUGUGUGCUCCUACAGGACGUGGAUUGUGAGCAUCAUAAAUCAAAACUAAAAUGAUCAUAAACAAACAAAUAAAUAUUUUGGA